AUGGGCGACUUUAACACAAACCUUGUUUCCCAUGAAUCCCAUCGUUCCCGUAGACUUCUGCACAUAGUUGAGUCAUCUGGCCUGCAGUUACUACCACUUAAUCCUACUCACCACAACACUGUAGGCGAUGAUUCCUGGCUUGACAUUAUCCUUGUCUCUAAUCCCUCCCUCGUAUCCUGUCAUGGUCAGCAUGAUGCUCCGGGUUUUUCUCACCAUGACAUGAUCUUCCUUUCCUAUAUCCUGAAACCGCCCAAGGUGAGAGCCAAGGUUCUGUACCGGCGUUGUUUUGCGCGAAUAGACAUGGCUAAGCUUCAGGUCGAUGCCUCCUUAAUUGACUGGGAGCCUCUGAUGACGGCAACUACAAUUGAUGAUAAGAUUGCGCUCUUCAACACUCUGGUGACUGAGCUGUACGACUGCCAUGCUCCCAUUAAGAGGAUUAAGGUCAAGCGGCCACCUGCACCGUGGAUGACGCGUGGUAUAAGGAUGGCCAUGCGACGCCGGGACCGCGCGUUCCGCAAACAUCGAAGGGAUCGCACGGACGAGAACUGGGUUGCUUUUAAAUUAGCACGAAACAAAUGUAACCAGAUGGUACGAGACGCUAAACGCCGCCAUAUUCUUGAAAACAUCACUUCUUCUUCUCCUGCCGAUAUUUGGAAAUUCCUCGGAACUCUGGGUAUCGGUAAAACGCAAUAUCCAGACCUUCCUAACACAAUUGGCUUAGAUGAUCUAAAUAACCAUUUCUCCACUGUCCCUAUCAUGGAUCGUCUAGUCAAACAAAAUACGUUAUCUUUCAUUGAUGGUCUGGAGCGUCCUAAGAUUUCUUGUCCUUUUUGCUUUGCACCGGUUCAGUCGGUGGAGGUCGGAAAGAUAAUCCUGUCCAUUAAGUCCAAAGCGGUAGGAUGUGAUAAUAUCUCUCGUCACAUGAUCACAACUGUACUGGAUCACAUCCUGCCAGCAAUAACCCAUAUUGUAAAUUUUUCCCUAUUUUCAGGAACCUUUCCAUCCUUGUGGCGUAAGGCCUUUGUUCGUCCUCUCCCGAAAAUCUCAAAUCCUUCUCUCCCCACUCAUUUCCGUCCCAUAUCCAUACUUCCUUUCCUUUCCAAAGUGCUUGAGGCCUGUGUACACAAACAGCUGUCCAACUUCAUUUUCCGGAAUUCUCUUAUUAGUCCUCUCCAAUCCGGGUUCAGACCAGGUCACAGCACUACCUCCGCUCUCCUUAAGGUGACUGGCGAUAUUAGAACUGGCCUCGAGAACACCAAGGUUACAAUUCUGGUUUUAGUUGAUUUCUCGAAUGCCUUCAAUAUGCUAUAUCGUCAAGCUGAUGUUGAUGGGCUGUCUGAUGCGAUCUCGGAGAUGAACGAUGACCUGGCGGCCAUUCUAAACUGGUCCGAUAGGUUUGGCAUAGCAGUGAAUCCUGGGAAAUGUCAGGCCAUUCUUAUAGGUGGCCCCCGCACGUUGAAUGGAGUUGACAUGGCUUCCUUGCCGGCCGUAGUUUUCGAUGGAGCAGUAAUCCCGUAUAGUGAUGAGUUAGUGAGAGGAGAGGUAACGCUGAGGAUCGGAUAUGAUUGA